AUGGCCGACACACAAUCACCAAUGGUAAGUAUGGAAAACCCAUUAUCAGCACUGGAGAAAGUAAAAGAUACAACUGAUGUACCUAAGUCUGGUAGAACCAUAAAAGGUGAUCCACUAGAGGCCAAGAUCAAUAUAGCUGGACCUGCUGCAAGGACAAUUCGAAGGAUGAACAAGGAUUGCGACUUUAGCAAAGGCACUGACAUUCAGGCAUCUGCAUUGAAGUUUCUUCAAGAAGCCCAUCCUGGGGGAAGGUGGUGGUUAAAAGCUGAUGGCACUGAUAUCCAAGAAGGACUCAGGGAAUCCAUGAGGAAUGAAUGGUCAGGUGACUUUGAUCUUGGAGAUGGUGAGUUAAAACUUAAGCAUUCUAAGUAUAUAAAAUACCUUGAGUUUGUCCGCAAUAUUGGAUUAAACAAAAGGACUUCACCUGAUGACAUAAAAAAAGACCUUGAAGAGAUGUGUUCUAAACUAUCCACAGAGAAGGAGUUCCUAAGCUCAGGUCAUGAAGAUGCUAAAAAGGAGUACAAGAAAAUAUUGGAGAUAGCCAACACUACAGAGAAAGCAUUGUUUGCAUGUGCAUGGAAAUACACCAGCCUUACUGACAAGAAUGACAGAGACCUUAAAGAAGAGUUAAAAACUGCUAUGGAGGAUAUUGGCAUGACAACUGUGGGUUUUGUUACUGAUAGUGAAUUCAACUCGUUGAGAACACAAGGAAAAGAUAGACCUGUUUCAGUCAUUCAGCUGAUUAUGGAUGCCAAGAAUGAAGCAAAGGCAAUACCUUCCAAGGAGAUUGAAAAGUACUUCAAGUCUGUGAAAAAAGGUAAAACUGAAUUCAAAUCUGAUAGCCUUAAAUCCUUAAUGGCAAUGUACCUAUACAAGAAGAAGGUUAGUAUGUACUGUGAGCAAGGUAUUAACUUCUGCAAUCAUUUGUAUGUGCCCGAGGUAAGUGAAAAAACAGGGGAACCUCAACAUGAACGUGAAGAUCACAACCAUGAUGAUUGCAAGAGGAUUGCUGGAAGUUUAAGAAAAGGACACAUCCCAAAUGUGGAUCUCCAAGCAUUUGUGAAAGCAAUGAAUGACCCCAAUACAGGUUUGACAUAUACUACAUUAACAGGUAAGAGGAAGCAAAGUGUAGGUGAUGCUGAAAAAUUGCUGUCACCUGCUGUAGCUAAGUGGCUGAAAGCUAACGGUUUUUUGAGUGAAGGUAGAUUUGUAGAGAUUGUGUCAAACUGGCAUAAGGCAAGUGAUGGUCGUGGUCUAACGGAAACAGAACGUUCAAAAAACAACCUGGCCAUGCUGGAUUAUCUGCUAGAAGACUGGAUGCCAUGGUACAAGGAUUUAAGGGACUACUCUACAAUGGAUGUUAACAGACCGAUCAGAGGAGUUAGUGGAUUCACCAGAGAAGUUGUGGUUGCAUUAACAACAAAUAUUGAGAGUCAGGAGUUUGAACGUCGAUAUGGUAUUGAAAAAGGGCUUCCUCCUGAACACCCACGGGCAGGAUCAACAGAUGAUGUUGAAGGCAUCUUUGCUUUUUACAUGGAUUACUGGGACCGAUUUUGA